GCACUGUGCUGUGCUGGAUGCGUCUGUACCUUGCCUCGUUAUUCUGCGGUACCUCUUCAUCCUGGUCAGGUCAAAGCCGUUUACUAGAACUCUCCUUUCUCUUCGCCCUGUUCUUGCGGGGAGUUUGAGACUCAGCUUCGUCAUCUAAACCCGCUUGCUGGAUCCCAGUCAUCAAUUACAGCUUCAUUGAGAGUUUUGGUUGCCAUUUCAAUUCUCUUUUUGAGCUCCUUGGCCCUCGCUUCGCCUAUCCUUCUUUUACUGAAUACCCCUUUCCGAAUUCGGGCCCUCGCCAUCGAAUCGACCUGCCUUCUUCCAUUCUCCGUCCGAUCCGCCUCGUAUCGUAUCGUGCACGAAUCACCGAUUUAUUUUUCCAUUAUGUCGUCUCUUUUUGGCAAGAGCGGCGGAGGUUCGCGAUUCCAGCUGCCCGCUCUCAACCUCAACUUUGGUAGUAUCACAGACGGCACCAAUAUCCCACCGCCUCCGGAAUCACCUGUUCAGAAGGUCCCAACUCCUCCACAGACACCGCCACCCGCCAAAGACGUCAAGGACGAAUCCAAGAAGGAACCAGGACAGGAUACAUACAGCAGUGUCACCGAGGACGUCAACAAGAACACACCUCAGCCAAGCAUUACUGCUUCUUCUAAUGGUAAUCUCGCUGGAACCAAACGCUACGCCGACGAGGAUGCUCCUUUGAGCCCAGCUGCUUCAAGCCGCCAAGGCAGCAUCCGUCGCCUAUUCAGUAGAACCAUGUUGAAUAACACUUAUGCAGAGGGCCAGAUAUCAUCGAACGGAAGUGUCCCAGCCGCCGGCGCCGGCGGCCUUGCCCGGCCGAGUAGCCAGGGCGGUGCAAGCUACCUCGACGAGCGCAAGUCUAGGAGAACCAGCGGCUGGUUCAGACGCAUGAGGACCGGAGAGACGAUCCCCAACAAACGAGCCAGUACCAUGUUUAUGGAGGAAGGUCCUCGUGCACCGACACCCAAGAAGCAAUCCGGCCCCCCGCCUCCCAUGAUACCCGAAUUGACCGAUCUCGAAAAGGACAACGGAAGCUUGGGUUCUGAUCUUUUCAAGAACAUCAAGUAG